AUCAUCCUGUCUCAUCUUGGCUCAUAUCUGCUUUUAGCUAUUUGGCAUUUCUCAUUCUCUAUUCUUCUGGCUUCUAUCUUCCUUCCGGUCUCUCUCUCUCUCUCUCUCUCUCUCCUCCUCUUUUUGUUUAUUCGUCAUUUUCUGCAUUUUUCACCUUCUUCCUCCUCUUCUCUUUCUGGUCGUGCAUUUUUCACAAAGGGUACGAUACAAUCGAUAAAGAAACGGGUCCUAUGUGAUUUGUGGUUGCAGAGCACAUUUAUCAGACAUAACGCAUCCUUCUCUGUCUUCAGAUCGGGGGGAAAAUGCGUUUUUCUUUCUAUUCUCACAAAUCAGUUGGCCUCUCAGAAUAAUCUGUGCGGGUGCUAAAGGGACGCGUUGCUUUUUGUCGAGAAAGCGACACCAGCGAAGGCAUCUCGGCUCUUUCUGUCUUCCCAGCUUUGCCUUCUUGCCGACAACAAAUUUUAGGGGUUCUUGAAAGUUGUGAUUUUGGGGUUUGAGUAGAAAUGAUGGCUGUCAGAAACGUUGUGCUGGUGCUGCUUUGUAUAACUGUUGUUGCUCCGAUUGUUCUCUACACUGAUCGUCUUGGUAACUUCAAGUCACCUUCCGCCAAGCAAGAGUUUAUUGAUGAAGUCACUGCUUUCGCUCACAGUGCUGGAAACUCUGGCCAUUUAAAUCUGCUACCUCAGCAGGAAACUUCAACAAUUCUUCAAGAACCAAUUGGGGUUGUGUAUACUGAGGGUUCAACCAACACCAAGACAUCUCCCCGAGAAUUGCAACUGGUUGAAUCAAGAGAACAUGUAUCUGCCAGGGUUUUGUCAACUACAAAUGAGGAGAAGCAAGGUAAAAUGGAGAAUCCCAUAAGAAAGGUGACAGAUGGAAUCAAUCAAGAAACUAAAGCCGAUGCAGGUGGUGAAAAUGUAAAUGGUGAAGCUGCAUUAGAUGACAAUGACAUCAGAGCAUCUCAAAACAUUGUUACUAAGCAAGAGGAACAGACAACUGGAACUUCUAGUGAAGUUUCCCGUAGAAUGCACAGAUCAUCUGAAACCAAUAAGCAGAAUGAUCAAGCACCACCAGAUGCUCGGGUUAGGCAACUGAAAGAUCAGCUUGUGAGGGCAAGGGUUUAUCUUUCCCUUCCUUCAGUAAAAAACAAUCCCCACCUUACUCGGGAACUUCGUUUACGGGUUAAGGAAGUUUCACGAACACUAGGGGAUGCAAGCAAAGAUUCUGACUUACCUAAGAAUGCAAAUGAGAGAAUGAAGGCCAUGGAGCAAUCGUUGAUGAAAGGAAGCCAAAUUCAAGAUGAUUGUGCUGCUGUUGUGAAGAAACUUCGUGCUAUGAUCCACUCAACAGAGGAGCAGCUUCGUGCGCACAAGAAACAGGCCUUGUUCUUAACACAGUUGACAGCAAAAACACUACCUAAAGGUCUUCAUUGUCUUCCACUGCGCCUUACGACUGAGUAUUAUUCAUUGAAUUCUUCUCAGCAAGAGUUUCCAAAUCAAGAGAAGUUAGAAGACCCUGAACUAUUCCAUUAUGCAAUAUUCUCGGAUAAUAUAUUGGCAACAGCUGUUGUUGUGAAUUCAACUGUUUCCAAUGCUAAGCACCCAUCAAAACAUGUUAUCCACAUUGUUACCGAUAGGCUCAAUUAUGCAGCAAUGAGAAUGUGGUUUUUGGCAAAUCCACCAGGCAGAGCAACCAUUCAAGUGCAGAACAUUGAAGAAUUUACAUGGUUGAAUGCAAGUUACAGUCCUGUUCUGAAGCAGCUAGGUUCUCCGUCUAUGAUAGAUUAUUACUUUAGGGCUCAUCGGGCUAGUUCUGAUUCAAACCUCAAGUUUCGAAACCCAAAGUAUUUAUCUAUCUUGAACCACCUCCGGUUCUACCUGCCUGAGAUCUUUCCAAAGCUCAACAAAGUAUUGUUUUUGGAUGAUGAUAUAGUUGUGCAGAAGGAUCUGAGUGGUCUUUGGUCAAUUGAUUUGAAGGGCAAUGUAAACGGUGCUGUAGAAACUUGUGGAGAAAGUUUCCAUCGCUUUGAUCGCUACCUCAAUUUCUCUAAUCCUCUUAUUGCAAAGAAUUUUGAUCCUCGUGCUUGUGGAUGGGCAUAUGGUAUGAAUGUUUUUGAUUUAGCUGAAUGGAAGAGGCAAAAUAUCACAGAGGUGUAUCACAACUGGCAGAAACUGAAUCAUGACAGACAACUGUGGAAGUUAGGAACACUUCCACCUGGUCUCAUAACAUUCUGGAACCGCACUUUCCCACUGAGCCGAGGCUGGCAUAUCUUGGGUCUUGGCUACAACCCCAAUGUCAACCAAAGAGAGAUUGAGAAGUCGGCUGUUAUACAUUACAAUGGGAACAUGAAACCGUGGCUGGAGAUUAGCAUUGCUAAGUACAGAAAUUACUGGUCGAAGUAUGUAAGCUAUGAUCAUUUAUACUUGAGAGAAUGCAACAUCAAUCCAUAGAUGAGUCUCUUGGUACGUUUAAGUUUUCUUAGCAUUAGCUUUGAUGAUGCAAUUCCAUCUCUGCAGGGUUACUAUUUUUGUUUUUGAAGGCUCGAAAUUCUUUUGUAUACGCUUUCCUGUCUUUUUUGUUUGUUGAUUUGGGCAGAGAAGAAUCAGUUCCAAAUUAGAUAGUCAAUUCGCAGUUCUUGAUCCCAUGCCUGCGGAGACAGACCAUCAAACUGUAUUUGUAAAUGAAAUGAAGAGGCUAGCUUUUUUUUUUU